AUGAUGAAAAUAAAACCGUGGAUUUUGUGGCAUUGGUGUUGGUGUUUAUUAAUAGUCGCCAUGGAUACUUCUCUGGGUGAAAAGUUCACUCUCGGAUAUUUAACUGGUUCACAAAGACGACCUGGCGACUUAAAUUAUCCCAAGCCUGGAAUAGUUAUAUCAGGUGCAAUAUCGAUGGCAGUUGACGAAGUCAACGAGAAAUUGCUCGGGCCUAUGGGACAUUCAUUAGAUUUCGUGGUUGCUGAAACGUAUGGCCAAGAAGAAGUUUCUAUACGACAGGUCGCUGCUUUGUGGGCUGCGAAUGUAUCCGCCUUCAUCGGUCCGCAAGAAACAUGCGUACACGAGGGCCGAAUGGCUGCUGCCUUCAAUUUACCUAUGAUAAGCUAUUACUGCAGUGACGUCGCAAGCUCUAACAAGCGUGUGUAUGCAACAUUCGCACGCACCCGGCCUUCGGACAUCGACAUCUCGCGUUCGGUUGUCACCGUGCUCACGCAUUUUAAUUUUAUGCAUAUUGCUGUAAUCUACCUCAAAGCUCCAAAUCAUGACUUUUCUCGAUUAGCCUACGCUAUUAUGACAGCUGCUACUGAGAAAAAAAUUUCUAUUCGCACAGCCCAAAUCUAUAGGCAGCCCUAUUAUUACGGAGAUAUAGUGGAAAAUAUUACACGGAACCCAUUUUUGGACAUCGUACGGGAAACUUACAAAGAUACUAGAAUUUACGUAUCUAUUGGUUAUUAUCAUGAUCAUAUCGGACUUAUGCAAGCUCUGGAUGCUAUGAAACUUUUGGAUGCAGGGGAAUAUGCCGCGAUCGGAGUAGAUGUCGACAAAUAUGAGCCAGAGGAGGCUAUUCGGUACCUCUCGGGUCCGCUUCGCAAGGAACCGGGCCCGAGGGUACCACAGGCUUUCCGAUCGUAUCUCGCCGUAGCGCCUUCACCUGCGCCCUCGUACCCUGCUUUCGCAAGAGAAGUGAAUCGCCGACUGCAAAUGCCGCCCUUUAAUUAUACGAAUCCUCUACUCGCUUUAGGUGGAGGGAAAGUGAUCCCAGUAGAAGCAGCCUGGCUGCAUGACGCUGUGUGGGUGUAUGCCAGGGCGCUAGCUGACGUUCUUCGUACGGGCGAAGGCGCUCGUGAUGGUAGAGCAAUUGCCAUGCGAAUGCGCAAUACGACAUACCGAAGUGUUAUGGGAUAUUGGAUUCAUAUGGAUGAAAAUGGUGACGCUGAAGGGAAUUAUACGCUUCUAUCCAUGGACCCAACACGUUCCCCGGGACUCUAUCCUCUCGCUGUUCUUCACAAAACUGCUCCGGUAAUAACUACGUACAGUCCAUUUACUCCUUACGUCAUGCAGGAAUUACGACUCCUUCGAGAGAUCAAAUGGCCCGGAGGCCGAGUGCCACUCUCCGAGCCUCCGUGCGGAUUUCGGGGAGAGAAAUGUGUCAGUCAUGUAGGAGCUUGGGCCCUUGGUGCUUCAGGAGGAACUCUAGCUUUGUUAGCACUGGCAGCACUAGCUCUAUAUCGUGGCUGGCGCUAUGAGCAAGAACUAGACUCUUUGCUAUGGAAAAUAGAUUUUAGAGAUCUGCAUCUACCUGAUGAGGACCAGCGUACCAACAAACUGAAUAGCAGUGCAGGUGUAAACGCGAACUCUAAUAACGUGGUUAACGAGAAGGGCAGUACGGGGGGCGCGCGCUCCAGCCAAGUGUCGCUCAGCUCGAACCCAGACCUGGACUUUAGAUACUCGGCGAUAUUUACCGAAGUCGCCUUCUACCGCGGAAGACUUCUCGCAGUGAAACGGGUUCGAAGGAAUCAAAUUGACAUCAGUCGAGAAAUAAAAAAGGAGUUAAAAAUUAUGCGCGACUUACAACACGAUAACGUGAAUGGGUUCGUGGGCGCGUGCAUUGAACCGCCUAACGUGUGUGCUCUCUCCGAAUACUGUACUAGAGGUAGUCUAAAGGAUAUUUUAGAAAACGAAGAUAUUAAACUAGAUAAUAUGUUCGUCGCCUCUCUUGUUGGUGAUAUUAUACGGGGCAUGAUCUUUAUACACGAGUCCCCAUUACAAUACCACGGCGCACUCAGGCCGUCCAACUGUUUGGUGGACGCGCGAUGGGUGGUAAAACUGGCGGACUUUGGCCUCCGAGAGUUCCGUAGGGGGGAACUCCCACCGUCCGAACCUACAGCGUUACGAGCUCAUAUAGAUAGUCUAGUAUAUCUCUCCCCGGAGCUGCUCCGCUUGGCCGGCUGGGGCAAGGACAGCUACCCCACGUCGCUGGCGGUGCGCAGCGGGUCGGCGGCGGGCGACGUGUACGCGUUCGCGCUGCUGCUGUACGAGCUGCACACACGGCGCGGGCCCUUCGGCGCGGACGCGCCGCCGCUGCCUGCGCUGCUGCGCCGCGUCGCGCACCCGCACCCCGCGCCUUACAGGCCGCCGCUGGAAGCUCUAGCAGGGCGUUUUGACUGCGUGCGGGAGUGCUGCGCCGAGUGCUGGGCGGAGGACGGCGCCUCGCGCCCCGACUUUAAGGCCAUACGCACGCGCCUGCGCCCGCUGCGCAAGGGCAUGAAACCAAAUAUAUUCGACAACAUGAUAGCAAUGAUGGAGAAGUAUGCAAAUAAUUUAGAAGCUCUCGUCGAUGAACGGACAGAUCAGUUACAAGAGGAGAAAAAGAAAACUGAGGCAUUAUUAGAGGAGAUGCUGCCCGCGCCGGUGGCGGAGCAGCUGAAGCGCGGGCGCCGCGUGCUGCCCGAGAGCUACGACUCGGUGACCAUCUACUUCAGCGACAUCGUGGGCUUUACCGCCAUGUCCGCGGAGAGCACGCCGCUUCAGGUAGUGGAUUUCCUCAACGACUUAUAUACAUGUUUCGACUCUAUUUUAGAAAAUUUUGAUGUCUACAAAGUAGAGACUAUUGGAGAUGCAUACAUGGUUGUGUCCGGGCUGCCCAUCCGCAACGGCAUCCAGCACGCGGGCGAGGUGGCGUCCAUGGCGCUGGCGCUGCUGGCCGCCACGCGCGCCUUCCGCGUGCGCCACCGCCCCGCGCAGCGCCUGCUGCUGCGCGUCGGCAUACACUCCGGUCCAGUGUGCGCGGGAGUUGUAGGAUUAAAAAUGCCUAGAUACUGCUUAUUUGGUGACACCGUCAACACUGCCAGUCGAUUUGAGUCUACGGGUGCUCCACUAAAGAUCCACUGCAGCGGCGCGUGCAAGAGCCUGCUGGACCAGCUGGGCGGCUACGUGCUGGAGGAGCGCGGCGUGGUGGCCAUGAAGGGCAAGCGCGACCAGCUCACGUGGUGGCUGCGCGGCGAGACGCGGCCGCGCGCGCCCGCCGCCGCCGCCGCGCCCGAGCCGCGCAGCUCGCUCAAGGCCAAGAACUGGAAGCAGAGUGGACUGCACAGAUGUUGCAGCUUAGAAUCUCCAAAGAAACUUCGAUUUGCCUCGGGAAACCACCUAGAGUCGCAUACAGACAGCGUUUUGCACCAUCGAAGUGAUGAAUAUUUAAUGGAAGUCGUUGGAGAGGGUCGACUGGUGACGACAAUACGACCCGAGUUACUCGAAGCGCCGAGCCUCCGCCACGAGUACACCAGCGUGUCGUGUCCCAUCAUAGAGCAGAAGGAGACGCCUUGCGACAUACGGCUCGUCGUCAACGGACACGACUCACACGACUCCCACGACCACGCCGGGAUACCGCUGCUUGCUGACGCA